AUGGAUGGCGAACAUAGUCAUGACGGAGAGGGUGAAAAUAGUUCCACUGAAAAAUUACGGGUUAAACAGGAAAAAAAAAACAUGAAAAAGGCGCGAAAAAAGGCAGCUAAAAAUGGUGUGAAUUCAACUUCAGCUGUCGAAGAUACUCCCGCUAGUGCAGCGGCAAAACAAGCAGAAUUACAAGAAAAGGUCAGAAUGCUUGUAAAUCAACUAGCCAUUCGUGAGGCUAUACAGCCUCAGCCAAGUGCCAAUAGCUCACAAAGACAAAAGGAUAUGAGUUCUCAUAAGUUUUGGAGUACCCAGCCGGUUCCAAAACAUGGAGAAAUAAUUAAUGAUAAUGGCCCAAUAGAAGAGAACACUCCAUAUGAUCAAAUUCGUAAAGAUCCAUAUCUUUUACCAAAAGAAUUUGAAUGGUCAAUUUUAGAUUUGAAUAAUGAAAAUGAGCUAAACGAACUGUACACUCUGUUAACAAAUAACUAUGUCGAAGAUGAUGAUGCAAUGUUCCGUUUCGAUUAUUCUGGUGAAUUUCUGAAAUGGGCUUUGCAACCACCAGGAUAUAAACAAACGUGGCACGUAGGCGUUCGUGUUAGCGCCACAAAACGCCUUGUUGCUUUCAUUAGUGGAAUCCCUGCCGACAUUAGAAUUUAUGAGUCACAACAACACCUUGUUGAAAUAAACUUUCUAUGUGUUCAUAAAAAACUUCGGAGUAAACGAUUGGCACCUGUGCUGAUCAAAGAAAUUACGCGACGCUCCCAUCUUGAAGGAAUAUUUCAAGCAGUUUAUACUGCAGGUGUUGUUCUACCAAAGCCUAUUUCUAAAGCUCGAUAUUUUCAUCGCUCUCUCAAUCCUAAAAAAUUGAUUGAAACAAACUUUUCACGUUUGCCUCAAAACACCACGAUGUCGCGUUUAAUUAAAAAAUUCAAAUUACCGUCUGAAACUUUGACACCUGGGAUCAGACCGAUGCAAGAGAAAGACGUCACAUCGGUUAGAAUUUUAUUGAAUGAAUAUAUGAAUAAAUUCAAUUUUGUCGCAGUAUUUAAGACUGAUGAAGACGUUAAACAUUGGAUUCUAACAAAAGAAAAUGUCGUUUGGUCUUAUGUUGUUGAGAACCCUCUCACGAAGAAAGUGACUGAUUUCUUUUCUUUCUAUUACUUACCUUCAUCGGUAAUCGGACAUCCUACGCAUAAAACCAUAAAUGCUGUUUAUCUAUUCUAUUAUGCAGUCCAAGAAUCUGACGACAAAGCGAUAAAAGGUAGAUUGCAAGCGUUGAUUAAGGAUGCGCUGAUAUUGGCAAAAUUGAAAAACGUUGAUGUUUUUAAUUGCCUUGAUCUUAUGGAAAACAAGUUGUUCAUCGAGGAUCUCAAAUUCGGACCCGGCGAUGGAUAUUUAAAUUAUUACAUGUACAAUUGGCGUUGUAAAGAUAUGGAUAGUGGAAAA